UAUAUUUCUAUAGGAAAUGACGCAAUCCACACCUUAACAAAGGAUAAAAACCAAGAACUCCGAAUUGAUCUCCAGAGACAUAAUGGAGAACAGGCCUAUGCUGUGUAUUCCACAUUUUACAUCGGAGAUGAAGACAAUAAAUAUACACUGACAGUGUCUGGAUACAGCGGAACAGCAGGUGACAGUUUGACUUGGCACAGUGGUUCGAGAUUCAGUACCAAGGACCAAGACAAUGACUACAAGACUGAUGGUAGCUGUGCUGUUAUGCGGCAUGGAGCCUGGUGGUACAGCAACUGUCUGAAGUCAAAUCUUAAUGGAGAGUACGCCAAGUCAGUUGCGUUCGAUUGGAAUUACCCGGUAUGGGAGCACUGGAGGGGAUCUGAAGCAAUGAAAAAGACUGUAAUGAUGAUUAGAAACAAACAUCUUAAGCUUGCAAGCCGUUGUCAGAACCAUGCCUGUGCUGAAGAUGAAAUCUGUGUUCGUGGUUCCUGCGUGCCCGUUUUAGAAGAGAAAAUAUACAAAGACUGUUGGGAAAUUGUGAAAAGAGACCCAGGCAAGAUAGGACAAGAUGGCGUGUAUGUAAUUUACCCUGACACUCGGAGAGAGGUCUACUGUGACAUGACGACAGAUGGAGGAGGAUGGACGGUGAUUCAGAAGCGAGAAGAUGGCGACGUUGAUUUUUACAGGACGUGGAUAGAAUACAAACAGGGAUUUGGAUCCGCCUCUAAGAACUACUGGAUAGGAAAUGACGCAAUCAAUGCCCUAACAGAAGAUAAAAACCAGGAACUUCGAGUUGAUCUCCAGAGACAUAAUGGAGAACAAGCCUACGCUGUGUACACCACAUUUUACAUCGGAGAUGAAAAUAGCAAAUAUAUUCUUACAGUGUCUGGGUACAACGGAACCGCGGGUGACAGUUUGAUUGAUUUCCACAAUGGGAUGAAAUUCUCUACCAAAGAUCAGGAUAAUGAUUGGAGUAGCGGUGACUGUGCCACAAAAUACCACGGAGCCUGGUGGCACAAAGACUGUUACCAAUCAAAUCUCAACGGGCAGUAUACAACGUCCGCUCUGAUUGGUUAUAAUUAUCCAGUAUGGGUUACCUUUAAUGAUACUUUCGAAGCACUGAAGAGGACCGUGAUGAUGAUUAGACAGAAAAACUAGCGACAGU